AUGUCACUUCUUUGUUUGUCUCUGUCUGCACUGAAUAUGUCUGUUUUUCUUUCUUUUCCAGUUGUCACAGACAAGAAACCUGAGAAUGAAAAUGAAAUUCUCCUCUGCCUUUCCUGUUUGUCAGCCAUGGUCCAUUUGUCCCUGGUUGCUUUGGCCUCUGAUCAAAGUAAAAGAAAGCUGGCAUUGGAAUUAGCAGAACUGAUGAUGUUAGAGAAGAACCAGGAAAUCACUGACCAUUUCUACCAAAUGAUAACGUCGAUGCAAACUUGUAGCAAUGUCUUACGUGUCCUCUAUUCUUGCUACCAAGUUUCCCCUGCUUUAUGUGCUCACACUGCUGCCAAAGACAUUUUUGUGAGGUCUUUACUCUCUGUGCUGCUUGGUGAGGUUGAUGUUCCUGAUAUGGAAAUGAACACAGUCAUAGAAAUCACCAUCCAUAUAUUAAGUACAAUUGUUAUUCAGUUGGAACAGCUUCCCAUUAUCCUUAAAAACUCAUCAGAUUUAAUUGUAUCAAUAUUCCUGGAAUCCCAGUUAGCCAAUCACACAGCAGCAGUUUCUCUUCUCUUCAGCCAAAUUCUCUAUUGUGGAACAUGCGUCUCUCUUUCCCCAUCAGAACUCAUGAAGGCCUGUUAUUGCGUCUUUACAGAUCUUUCAGAAAUUUGCAUCAGAUGUCCAUUUGAUUAUGGAGUUUUGGAUGGCAUUUUACUUUUGCUUUGUGAAGUCUUGGCACAGGGUGAUACCACAAUGACUCAGCUGUUUAUUGAGACUGGGGUGUGGGAGAUUCUGUGGCAUCGUAUGGCGCAGGCCUUGCAGGUUGUGUGUCCCCAACAAUCGAAACCAAUUCAUGACUUGGAGACCAGUUUGGAAGGUGGUGUUUUCCAGAAACCUGACUGGACCCUCAUUUCUCCCCAAGGAGUUGUUGCUGCCUUACAGAUGUCUGUCAAUGUGUUCACUAAGAAUCCUCAGGAAUUUAUCAUCUGUUUGUCAGAAGCUGACAAAAUUUUUAUGCUUACAGUUGCUCACUUGCUCUCCAAAGACUUUUUGGCAAUUUUGGCAAAAAGCACUGCUAAUGCCAGUUCAAGUCUUGUGACCGAUAUCAUUCUUCGGGUGACACAAUUAUGCUGCUAUCCUUUUGGCCUGGACACAAGUGACGAAGUGAUCGAGAGUACCCUCAAGUAA